AUGGGUAUUGACAUCAAAAAACAUCACGUGAGAAAGAGGAAUCGAACUGCGCCGAAAAGUGAGGAUGUCUACCUUCGAUUGUUGGUGAAGGUAUACCGAUUCCUAGCAAGAAGAACAGAUGCCAGUUUUAAUAGAGUGAUUCUGAAAAGACUUUUUAUGUCACGAGUUAACAGACCUCCCAUGUCGAUUUCUCGUAUUGUUCGUAAUCUUUCUGAUAAAACUGAUAAAACAGCUGUAGUUGUUGGUACAGUUACAGAUGAUAAGAGAGUAUUAGAAGUACCAAAAAUCACUGUUGCAGCACUUCGGAUUACAAAAUCGGCUAAAGAGAGAAUUUUAAAAGCUGGUGGUGAAGUUUUAACUCUAGACCAAUUAGCUCUUCGCGCUCCAACUGGUUCUAAUACCGUCUUACUUAGAGGUCCAAAAAGUGCCAGAGAAUCUGUUAAACAUUUUGGUAUGGGUCCACAUAAAAAUAAAAAACCUUACGUCAGAUCUAAAGGAAGAAAAUUCGAAAAGGCUCGUGGUCGUAGAGCUUCUCGUGGGUUCAAGGUGUAA